GACGCGGCGGGGCCUCUGGGCGCUGAAGCCCCGGGCACUGGUCGCGCUUCCUUUUCCUGGAAAAGCCCCGGCCGCCCCCGCCCUGCAGGGCGCCCCACCAGAGGGGUUCCCAGAGCUGAUCCCGCGCGGGUAACCACAGUCUGUCCUGGGACUCGCUGGACGCGGAGAACCGGCCCUGCGCUCCAGGACGGCUGGGACAGGAAAACGGGCGGCCCCAGGCCCCAGGCUGUGCAGCUGACCAGGCCACCACCCACCGCGCUGUCCUUCCUCAGACCCCUUUGUCUGGUCUAGGGAAGCUCCUCCGUGAGCCCCGCCAACUGGGGGAGGAGCCCGAGAAGACAUCAUUCCCAAACCAAAAUUAAACCACGGAGGGCACCAUGGUCUCUGGGUUGCCCACGGAUCACCCGUCAUUUGAUGUCAGGAGGCUUAUACUUUAGGACGGGAACAUAGAUGUUCCCCCUUCCUCAGAAGGAAUGCAGGGAGCCUGCCACCUGUCUGGGCUCGGCCUCCACCCAGGACAUGGGCCGAUACUGUCAGGGUGACGUGGAAGGAGAAUGCUCCAGAAGAGCAGAGCUGAAGCUGCCGGAGCUCUGUGGAGUUGGUGAUCCCAUCGCCAUGUUCUCCUCUGCCAGCUCCUGCCUGUCCUCCAGAGGCAGAGUCAUCAAAUGGUUCUGGGACUCGGCGGAGGAGGGCUAUUGGACCUACCACAGGGAUGAGUAUGACGAGGACAAGAACCCCAAUGGCGUCAUUAACUUGGGCACCAGUGAGAACAAACUCUGCUUUGACCUGCUGUCCAGGCGGCUGACUCAGAGUGACAUGCUGCGGGUGGAGCCGCCCCUGCUGCAGUACCCUGACUGGAGGGGGCACCUGUUCCUCCGGGAGGAAGUGGCUAAGUUCCUGUCUUACUACUGCAAGAGCCCAGCACCCCUCAAAGCAGAGAAUGUGAGUAGCCCCCUCCUCUGCUCGUUCCUGCCCUUUAGCUCUGCUCCCACUCUAGGCUGGCCAAGGGACACUCACUUCCCUGGGAGCCACCAGGGAUCAGCCCCAUCUAGUGGGUCUGCCUGGCCUUGGGGAGGAGCUGAGGUCUCUGCCUGUGGAUGGUUUCAGGGUGUCAAGGUCAAGGGCCUCAUCCUCAUCAACCCCCAGAAUCCUCUGGGGGACAUCUACUCCCCGGGAGAGCUGCAGGAGUUCCUGGGAUUUGCCAAGAGGCACUCGCUGCACGUGAUCGUGGAUGAAAUCUACAUGCUGUCCGUGUUCCAGGAGUCGCUCGAGUUCCGCAGCGUCCUGAGCCUGGAGAGGCUGCCUGACCCCCAGAGGACCCACGUACUGUGGGGCAUGAGCAAGGACUUCGGGAUGUCUGGGCUUCGCUUUGGCACGCUGUACACAGAAAACCAGGACAUCGCCACCGCUGUGGCUUCCCUCUGUCGAUAUCACGGCCUCAGUGGCCUGGUCCAGUACCAGGUGGCACAGCUGCUCCAGGACCAUGACUGGAUCAACCGCGUGUACCUGCCUGAAAACCUUGCCCGGCUCAAGGCUGCCCACACCUACGUCUCGGAGGAGCUCAGGGCCCUGGGGGUCCCCUUCCUGAGUCGUGGGGCAGGCUUCUUCAUCUGGGUUGACCUGAGGAAGUACCUGCGCAAGGCCACCUUUGAGGAGGAGAUGCUGCUGUGGCGCCGUUUUCUGGACAAUAAGGUGCUGCUGUUCUUUGGCAAGUUCUUUGAGUGUAAGGAGCCCGGCUGGUUCCGCGUGGUCUUCUCAGACAGGCUCCACCGGCUUCGCCUGGGGAUGCAGAGGGUCCGGCAGGUGCUUGAGAGCAACCCCAAGUGACAGAGGAAGCCCCUCUCUGGCAGGCCCGGGAGCCCAGGACCAGGGCAGAUGGGCUGCUCAGUGUCUGGUCAGCAGCCACUGCCUCCCACCUGGACCACCUGGAUCAGGGCUGCAAGACGGGCUGGACUUGCCCCGAGGACCUCUUUCCUGCCCGUCUGGGUGGCAGCAGGAGACUCCUUAAGCCGAGCUUCAUCUUGGCCAUUGCUGUCCCCUAUUAAAGAACCUGGGACCCCCUAGA